AUGUUGGUUCAUCUUCUCGGUCUGGCAGCACUUGCCUGUGCCUCGCCUGUCACAACGAGAAACCUCAUCGCAUCUCGAAACCUGACUCUGAGCUGGGAUAUCUUGCCAACUGGGAGUCAACAGCAAUUCAGAGGUCUGUCACCGGUUUCGAACACGAUUGCGUGGGUCUCUGGAACAGGAGGCACUGUCCUGCGCACCAUCGACGGCGGCGCCUCUUGGGAAUCAGUCGGCCCUGAACUCACUGGCGGCGACGCCGAACUGCAGUUCCGCGACGUCCAGGCAUUUUCUGCAGACAAAGCCAUCAUCUUAUCCAUUGGCGAAGGGGCAGAUUCGCGCAUCUACAUCACCACCAACGGCGGCAAGUCAUGGACGCAGACUUUCGCCAACACUGAGGCUGCUGCCUUUUACAAUUGCGUCGACUUCGAGGACGAUGAAAGGGGCAUUGCGGUCAGUGACCCCGUUGACGGCAAAUUUCGGCUGAUCGAAACGGUUGACGGGGGUGAGUCGUGGAAUAUCGUUGACCCCAGCGGCAUGGCGCCUGCGGUGGAAGGCGAGUUUGGUUUCGCUGCCAGUGGGACUUGCAUUUCCACGGCAGCGGGACGAUGGUAUCUGGCGUCUGGUGGCAUUGAUCCUGGCAGAGUCCUCCGGAGUCCUGAUGGAUAUCACUGGGAUGCAUCAGGCAGCGCAAUCGCCGGUGGUGCGUCGGCCGGGGUUUUCUCCGUACGAUUCAAGAACGGGUUGCAAGGCAUUGCGACCGGAGGUGACUUCAACGUCGUGAAUGGCUCCGCUUACACGUCAGCAUGGUCCCAGGAUGGCGGAGAGACGUGGACGGCGUCGGAGGUGUUUCCUGGCGGUUAUCGGUCAGGGGCAUCAUGGGUUCCGGGAUUGUGCGGAGUGGCCGUCGCUGUGGGUCCUUCCGGCUCCGACAUCACGGUCGACGACGGCAGGACAUGGAAAACAUUCGAUACGGGCUCAUUUGACAGCGUCGAGUGUAUCUCAGGCGGGAUUUGCUGGGCCUCCGGAUCGAGCGGAAGGGUUGGAAAGCUGACGCUGAGGUGA